AUGCCAACAGAUAAAAGUAAAAAUAUAUUAGAAUUAGAACAAAGAACGGUUCAAAUGCGAGCCUUACAAAUUAUUGAAUACAGUAGUAAAUUUUUAGAUUUAAUACCGCGACCGCGUAUUGAGGGCGGCAAGGCUUAUUAUAUUGCUAAUAUAACUAAUGAGCCUGAAACAGAAGACAAGCGAGGAAUUUUACCUAAUGAAAUUAGUCCUAGCACCGCCGUUCAACAAAUAGUUAAAUUAGACAAAGUGAAAGUUUUUCGCGAUGUUAUCAAUGAAGAAAUAAUGUCUUUAUCUCUUGACCGCGUAAAAGAAUUUACCGAAGGAAUUACCGAAGGAAUGUUUGCCAAGUUUUCUAAUAUAUUGGAUAAAGAAAUGGUCGCCGAAAUAACUAAUCCCAAUAAUCACCAUGAAGACGCAGUAAAAAAAGCUGAGAAAAAAGAACUUUUUGACCCAACAAAGUGGAAUGAUGGUAAAUUAAAUGUUAGUGACAAAAUAGUUGAAGGAUUAUUAGAUAAUAUUGACUUUUUGCUUAAUCCUUCCGAAAAAAAUAAUAAAGCCGAAGUAUUAGCCAAUUCUAAAAAUGAGGAAA